AUGCAGUCAACCUCUAAACAUGACCGACCGAAACACCUCCGUAGCAAGGUCAAGGCUGAGCUACGGAAGAUGAAAGAUCAGUGGUGGGAGCAUCGGCACUGCGCGGACCGGAAAAACACAAAGAGGUAUUUUGAUGGUCUAACGGCAGUGUACGGACCUUCUUCCAACAUCAUGGGACCAGUCCGCUCCUUGGGCGGAAGGCUCUUCUCUGACGAAGGCGACAUCGUCCAACGCUGGGCAGACCAUUUCAAUCAGCUGCUGAUCAGGCCAUCCCAGACAGUCCAGGCCAUAGAAGACGUGCCCCAGCGCCCAGUCUCAGAGGCCUUUGAUGAUCGGGGGGUAGAAGCUAGAUCUAGCACAGGGAGAGUGGAUAUGAUCUCUGCUGUCAGACGGAUCCAGAAGUGCCAGGAACAGAACCAGAAUCUCCACGUCCUCUUUGUGGACCUGACGAAGUCAUUUGAUACCGAGAACGAGCGGAAGCGUGCUCGGGCACUGUGGCGGGCGGAGACGGAGGGUCGCCUGCGGGUGCAGCGGCGGAUCGAGACCGAGCAGCUGCGGGCCCGACUCGGGGAGCUUCGUGCAUACCGGGACAUGCUCCGUCGCUCGCUCGCUGCCAAUGCCCACUUCUCCGAAUUUGUUCAGCUCUUGUUGCGCCCCGGCGGCAUGUUCCGGGAGCUGUCCGAAGUGCCAGUGCGAUACCGGGCGCUGGUCUCCACCCACGAGGCGCUGCUGCGGCUGGUGCAGGAAGGCCAUGAGGAGCGUGAGCGCCGCAAGGCGCGGCUAGGCCGCUACCUGGAGGAGACGAGCGACGAACGAUUGCAGCUCAGCAACCGGCUGGCCGACCUGCAGGCCCAACUUGAGGCGGCCCGGAGCCGCAGCCUCCGCUGGGACGCGGCCUGGACACACAUUCAGAACACCGCGGCGAGGCAGACGCUAGUGCUGGGCACAGUGAAGAUGGCGACGCUGAACCUGUACCAGCUGGUGGCCGGAUCACUGGAGGAGGCUCCCUCACUCACCUCCACCGACACUCUCUGGCAACUCCAGAAGAUUGAGGAAUUCAUCCAUCACCUAAAGUCAGUUUGGGAGGAACUGACGUCGGACCCCCACCGGGCUCAGAAUCGUCUGAUGAAGUGAGGGAGGGGUUCCUCAUUACGACU